AUGAAAGUAGAUAUCGAAAAUACUUUCGAAAACCCUGAAAUUCCAUCGGUGAAAAAAGCCACUACUGGAGUAAAUUGUGUCGUUACGUAUCUAAACCAUUAUCAAAAAUCUCUUCGUAACAAUGAAUUCCAUACAAUCGAUGCGGGGUUUCUCAAAGUUCAAGUAAAUAAGACUCUUGAAAUUGGUAAACGAUUUUGGGACGUUACUGAAAAAAGUACAGAAAUCAAUUUACAAAUGGCUGGAUAUGCUGGUAGGGUGAGUCAUCAUAUAAAUUACAUUAUCGAUAAUAAUAUUAGUGGUGAAAAAUUUUCGAAGGCCAUGAAAAAAUUACUAGAAAACGCCAAGAGGAUCCAUGGUGAGACCUUGGAAAUCAAAAUUGCUUAUAAUGAAAUCUCCCAAGAUUUACAAAAAAUACAUAGUGAAUGUGAACUAAGAAAUGAAGAACUCGGUCAUGAAAAGAAAAAAUUAGAAUAUCGUGCCCUAGAUAAAGCGAGAAAAGAAAAUAAAAGCGAAAGGAGAGCUAUAUUCGCUAGUGUUGCCACUGGUGUAUCAGCGGUUGUUUUCCCUCCGGCAGCAGCUUUCUUUGGAGGUAUGGCUGCAAUCGGAACUUAUAAUGCAAAGAAAUACGGGAAAAGAGCGGUAGAAGCAAGAGAGAAAGGUGAUGAACUCCAAAAUUCCAUGGAUAGCAUCGAUUGUUUUCAAUCUGUUAUCAAAGAUAUUCGCAAUAUUGUUGACUUGCUUGAGGCUUUUUGGAAAGAUCAAGUGAAUAAUGUUCAAGAACUCGUUAAUUCUGCAAAAGAUUGCCAAGAUGAUGUGGAAAUGGAACCAAUUGAAGCAGACAGAAUUGUGGGGCAGUGGAAGAAUGUGGAAGACCAAUUCCGUGAAUAUAAUUCUGAAAUAUCAAAAGAAUUGAAAAAGGAUGAAGAUGUUGUUACCGGUGUAGUCACAGGCAAGGCACGAAUUUAUAGGACCAAUCACAGGCGAGUUGUAAGAGAUUCUAUAGGUGGUGUUGUAGGAAGUAACGCUUCCACAGGAGUAACCUUCACAGAUUUCGCUCUUUCUGAAAAGAAUGAAAAGCUUGAUGGAACGGUUCUGGAAUGA